AGGUGGGGGAAUGUGAAACGACACAAAAGAACUCCACUGUGAACUCUCUCUCUCUCUUCUCUCUCUCUUCUCUGUACUUUUGUGAAACAACACAAAAGAACUCCAUUGUUAUCUCUCUCUCUUUCUCUCUCUCUCUGUACUUUUAUCUUGCUCUCAAACACAAAACUUGAAAAGUUGAAAGCAACUACACCCUGUCCCUUUCCCUGCCACUCGUUCUCGGGCUUUUGUUGUUUUUUUUAUUUCAUCUCUCUCUCUCUUCUCUCUCUCUUCUGUGCGUCUCUCUCUUCUUGAAUUGUUUUUUCGUACUUCUCUUUCUUCCAUGCUUGGGAGGUGAGGCAACCAGCUCAAAAAGAAAGAGGAGGCUCCCAUCUCUCUUCUUGUUUCUUGACCCUUUCAUUCCGAUUUCCUUUCUCUUUCUCUCUCUCUGAGGCUGACACACACUCACACACACUGUCUCACCCAAAUUGGGACACAUUAUCCGUUUCUCCGUUGCGCCUCUCAAUAAUUUCCACAAUAGAAACCAGUCUCUCUCUCUCUCUCUCUCUCUCUCUCUGCGCUGCCUCAUAGUGCAAACCGUUGUUGGGUUUGGAGACGCUCAUGGCCGUGAGAUGAAGCUGGACAGGCUGCAAGUGAGUAAGAUUAUGUCUUUGCAGUUCUUGUGACGUUGAUUCUGGGGAUCUCUCAGGUGCCCGUGAUUCCACCUUUUCUGGAGCUUUAUUUGUGAUGGGGAAACAGUUUGACUCUCUUGCCAUGUCCUUCUUUCUUGGGCUGAAGCACAUCAUAAUCCAUGGAUGAUAGGAUGAGACAGAGCUUGAGUAAGGGGAAGAAAGAAGUAGAAACAGAGAAGGAAAUUUUAUGGGCUGCAACCUCACAGCUCCUUGUAGUUGGGACUAAAUUGAAGCCAAGGAAGGAUUUUACCGGAUUGGUUCAGUUUUAGGGUUGUGCUGCUUGGAGCUACAUAACAGAGGGAUUGCCUUGUGGAUUCAAGCUCAGGAGUGGGGGAGUUUUGAGGAGGAAUCUCGGGAGAAGCUGGACAAUCCUGCAGCUUCUUUGAUGGAUUCGUCAUCAAAUGGAUCAUUAAAGCGGGCUCGAGCACCUGGUUUUGGUAGCCAAGUUGCUUCUUGCUUAGUUGAUGGAUGUGAUUCGGACCUUAGUAAGUGCAGAGACUAUCAUCGCCGGCACAAAGUGUGUGAGCUACACUCGAAAACCCCUAAGGUUAUCAUUAGGGGUCAGGAACAACGGUUCUGCCAACAGUGCAGCAGAUUUCAUUCAUUAGCGGAAUUCGAUGAUGUGAAGCGAAGCUGCAGAAAACGUCUUGAUGGUCACAACAGACGUCGGAGGAAGCCACAGCCUGACCCCUUGUCCCUGACUGCUGGCCGGUUCCUCCCGAGUCACCAAGGUACCAGAUUUUCACCUUUCAGUGGUCCGCAGAUGUUUCCAGCUAGUGCUUUAGCAAGCUGCUCUUGGCCUGGAGUUGUCAAAGUAGAGAAUGACACCACUUCUUACAACACGCCUCAGCUCAUUAACUUCAAUGAACGAAAUCUCUCCUUCCCGGGAUCAACCUCGUCUCACUUCAAAGGGCAUAUACAAUUUCCCUUCUUGCAAGGAACCAGUGCCACACACCUUGGAGCUUCAAUAUGUAAGCCUGACCUCAACCCCAAUUCCACUACCGGAACUGGUGGUAAUGGUAACAAUGCCAGAUCCUCUUCCAGUGGCUUAAACAGAGUUGUCGCCUCCGAGCGUGCUCUCUCUCUUCUGUCAUCACCACCAGCCGAGAAUUCCGAGAAGGGUUUAAGCCGCAUGAUGCAGCUCGUCCCAUCCACCUCUGCUCAAUCAUUGACCACCGACUUGCGCUACAAUAGAUUAGGACUUGGCAAGCCUGGGAAUCCUGGUAUGGAUUCUGAGAGCACUGGCAGUGGGGAACUCCAUUACCAUGGGAUAUUCCAAUCUGAGCAUGCUGGAUUAUCUGCAAAUGGACAGCACCAGACUCCCUCUUUCUCUUGGGAGUAGUAUUUGCCCUUUACUAGAAUAACCCGGUGGAGCUUCUUGAAGACAUAUAAUAAAUGUAGUGCCGUUCCAAGACCUUGAAGUUUUACAUGGUGCAUUAAAUGUUCUUGUAUAUAGAAUUUGAACCGCGAUAAUCCGGGGGUUCUGUUUGCUCCCAUUGUUAUCUGAAAGCAUCUCCUUGGACAGUGUUCUCUACUGCUUUCGUAUGUAUGAUGCAUCUAAAGUGGACAUAUCUGUGUGCUUGGAUUGAGUUACUUUUGGUUCUAGGACCCUGGACAAUGAGUGUGCGUUCUCGCAUUGCCUUAUGAAAAUGGUAUUUUGAGAAUGUACUUUAAGGUGUUUGGUCAAAAA